AUGUGUAUUGACAUUGUCGCCGUGUGCCCUUGGUGCGGCGCCGAAACUGACGAGUAUACAUUGGUCCGACUCUGCGAUGCGAAAUCUCGCGAGCUCAGGUUCACAGAGCUGUCGCCGCUCGAAAACGUCAUCCGCUUUUCUUCUCAGAGGCAGGCCCGCGGCGACCCCGUCCAUGACUGCGGCGCCCACGGCAGGAUCACGAUCCGUUCUGUCUUGGACCCAGCGGCGUGCUGCCGCGACCCGGCGUGCUCCUUUCGCCCGCCCAGCGGCCAAGAGAGCCCGACUCUGCUGCAGUUCCUGGCCCAAGCGGCCGAGAUGUUUUCAGGCCUGCACGGAUUCACCAACCCGUGGAUUCGCAGCGACGAGGACAUCCUGCUCUGCAGCGCCCUGAACUUGAUGUCUGACCUGGACUCCGCCAGGGCCUGGCUCGCCGCCCAAGGGGGAUACGGCGCCGCCACGGGCGUGCAGCUGCCGCCAAGCCAUUAUUAUCACGAUCAUUAUAAUGCUAACGAGAGCGCAAUUGUGAACACCAACCAAGCACACCACGGCAACACCACCAACAUGAAUGACAACCCUCUCUAUGACGGCCAACCGCAAACCGGUCCUCCUCAGGCCAGCCAAACCGCCCGGCUGCAGCAUUACCAGCAGUAUCAACAGCAGCAACAGUAUCAACAGCAGCAACAGCAUCACCAGGAGCAUCACCAGGAGCAGCAGCAGGAGCAGCAGCAGGAGCAGCAGCAGGAGGAGCAGGCAGCCCAGCCUACAAGAAAGUCAUCUAGGGCAUGGACCGCAGAGGAAAUCCAGGCCCUCCGUGAGAACAUGAACAACCCAGAAUGGACCUACGCCAGGAUGUCUGAGCAGGACCCCCGCCUCCGCAACCGUACUGCGCAUGCCAUCGAGUCCAAGGUGUACGCGCUCAAGGGGAAGAGAAAGGCGCUGCGGGAGGCCCGGAAGGCCGCCGGCACGGCACAGAAGCAGCAGCGAAGCGGGGGCGGGAGCGGGAGCAGGAGCGGGAGCGUGUCGUGCAGGCCGCCGGCCGCCGAGGAACACCCGCGUCGCCGCGAGCCCGACAAUGACGACGAUGACGGCGAGGGCGAGGGCGAGGGCAACGGCAGCGGUCCGAGCGCCGGAUCUGGACUUGCGGGCCAGCUCCUGGCCUGA